AUGCAUAGUGCUGAAGACUUAACUCUGUUUGGCUGUGUGGAUGUAUGUCUUGGAGAGAAGCUGUGUGCAUUAGCUGCAAACUAGCAUUUUCAAAAUCAACAUGUAUUGUGCUUACCCUGUCCCUGGAAUGGGCAGCAAUUCUUUGAUGUAUUACUACAAUGGGAAAACGGUAUAUGCACCAUCCCCAAGUUCAGAUGAUUUCAACCGUGAAUCUCCUAGUUAUCCAUCUCCCAAGCCACCAACCAGUAUGUUUGCUAGCACUUUCUUUAUGCAGGAUGGGACCCACAAUUCUUCUGACCUUUGGAGUUCAUCAAAUGGGAUGAGCCAGCCUGGUUUUGGUGGAAUUCUGGGGACCUCCACUUCCCACAUGUCUCAGUCCAGUAGUUACGGCAGCCUUCAUUCACAUGACCGCUUGAGCUAUCCUCCACACUCAGUCUCACCAACGGACAUAAACACGAGUCUCCCGCCAAUGUCUAGCUUCCAUCGUGGCAGUACCAGCAGUUCGCCAUACGUUGCUGCCUCACACACUCCUCCCAUCAAUGGAUCAGAUAGCAUUCUCGGAACCAGAGGGACUGCCGCUGGAAGUUCACAGACAGGUGAUGCACUUGGAAAGGCUUUGGCAUCUAUUUAUUCUCCUGACCAUACCAGCAGUAGUUUUCCAUCAAACCCAUCAACACCAGUUGGAUCACCCUCACCUCUCACAGGUACCAGUCAGUGGCCCAGACCUGGAGGGCAAGCUCCUUCAUCCCCCAGCUAUGAAAACUCACUCCACUCCCUGCAAUCUCGAAUGGAGGAUCGUUUAGACAGACUGGAUGAUGCUAUCCAUGUGCUGCGGAACCAUGCCGUUGGACCGUCCACCAGUUUGCCUGCUGGUCACAAUGAUAUACACAGUUUAUUGGGACCAUCCCAUAAUGCACCAAUUGGAAGCCUCAAUUCAAACUAUGGUGGAUCAAGCCUUGUUACAAGCAGUCGAUCUGCUUCAAUGGUUGGAACUCAUCGAGAAGACUCUGUCAGUCUCAAUGGCAAUCAUUCAGUCCUGUCUAGUACAGUCACUGCUUCAAGCUCAGACUUGAACCACAAAACACAAGAAAAUUACAGAGGUGGCUUGCAAAGUCAGUCUGGAACUGUUGUUCCAGCAGAAAUCAAGACUGAAAACAAAGAGAAAGAUGAAAACCUACAUGAACCUCCUUCAUCAGAUGACAUGAAAUCAGAUGAUGAAUCCUCCCAAAAAGAUAUCAAGGUUUCAUCUAGAGGCAGAACAAGCAGUACUAAUGAAGAUGAGGAUUUGAACCCAGAACAGAAGAUAGAAAGGGAGAAGGAAAGGCGGAUGGCUAACAAUGCCAGAGAACGUUUACGUGUGCGGGAUAUUAAUGAGGCAUUCAAAGAGCUUGGUCGAAUGUGUCAGCUCCAUUUAAAGAGUGAAAAACCCCAAACAAAACUCCUUAUUCUUCAUCAGGCCGUGGCAGUCAUCCUUAGUCUAGAACAGCAAGUCAGAGAGAGGAACCUUAACCCCAAAGCAGCCUGCCUUAAGAGAAGGGAAGAAGAAAAAGUUUCUGCCGUAUCGGCAGAGCCGCCAACCACACUGCCAGGAACCCAUCCUGGGCUUAGUGAAACUACCAACCCUAUGGGUCAUAUGUAAACAUCAGCCAGUUCCAGAGUUAUCAGUAGGCUAGAUAGAAGGUGACCUCUCCUCAUAAGGACUUGGACAACUCAGAUUAUCUGAAGACACAAACCUGUUAGGAGGGAGAAGAAAAAACAAAACACUUGAAGCAAGAAACUCAAAUGUAAUCCUACGAUCAAAGCAACUGGUCAACACUUCCAUCAGAAGUGAAGAUAGGAAGCUCAUCAGAUAGAACGUCAGCCCAUGAAAUGUUUGCAGCAUGUCAUUUUGUUGCAAGCAGUGUGUCGCUUCUGCACAAUCAGAGACUGUCUCGUUCUCUCCACUCACCGUGGAAGUUGCCUUGUGCCUAAACUGAAUUGACAAAUGCAUUGUAACUACAAAUUUUAUUUAUUGUUAUGGAACUGUAAGGUCUACAUAUAAAGGGAAAAAGUUAAUGUGGAAAGCUGAUCUAUACUCAGCUGAUGCCAGCAUUCGUUAAAGCUGUUCACGUGCAGAACAAAGCAGUGACAACCAUUGGCCCUUAGCAUUCCCGGCAUACCUAUUAGUGUCUUAAAAAGGAAGGGAAAAGUCUUUUGUUUGCCCUCUCCUAUCCUUUUGCCAUAUGAAUAGUGUUUUCCAUGAAAUAGGAAAAUAUUACUUGGUAUAGCAUUUCUCUCACUCUCAUUUUUUCAUUCAUUUUUAUUUUCUCUUUGUGGGUGUUAUAUUUGGUCUCUGAAUCUGAAUAGUUAAUGAUCACAAUCCAGAAUCCUCAUGUAGCCCUAUGUGCUUUGCAUAUUUACCUUACAAAAAUCAACAGAGACCAUCUGUGACCAUACCCUAGCUAAGAUUUUAAAGGGGGAAAUUUUGUCCCCUAGAUUUUCCCCAAAAUAAACAUUGCUUUAUUUCUAAUAAUAACCAAGACUUUUCAAGCUUCUAGGUUUCAUAGUAAAGCUUGUAAUAGCAAGAGUGUAAAUUACAAGGGAAGAAUCUACUUAGAAAUUGCUUUGUUUUCCAAGCAGUAAGUACUACAUAUAGUACUUGUAAAGUGUUAGCUGUAAGUAAGCACAAAAUGGAUUUAAAAUACAAAGAAGAUUUUCAGGCUGUGAUUAUGGUGACUGUAACAAAACCCAGUAGUCACCGAGGCAGGUAGUGUGAUAAAUGAACACAGCACUCUGAGGCUAAUUACCUAAUGGAAUACAAGAGCAAUGGUCACCCGUGUUUCCUUAUCCUCGCCUUUAUUUCUCUGUCACUUGGAUGGCUGGUCAAUGGGGAGGAAUUCAGUGGGUGAUUUAAUCAACCGCAAACCAUCUGCCCCUGUCCCAAGAAGAUGAGCCAGAUUAGCAGUAAACCAGUGCUUGUCGGUCCAUCUUAGCACAGUACAUUAAGGCACCCCUCUGUUUCUAAUCCUUCAGAGUUGUUUUUUAAGAUAUCAUAAUCACUUUGAACUUCCAUGAAAUCUGUCUUCCACCACAACAGCCCUGGGAGAGAAAAACAUGCUAAACAAGGUUGUCUUGGCUUAAUAAUUCCUUAUGGCCAAUAUCAACAAAGGCAGUCAGCACACAGAAGAAAGGACCCAAAUCACUAUGUAACUCAAAGAUUUCUGUUAAUUUGAAAGAACAAAAACAAUUAAGACAGGACUUCAGAUCCUCCAAUCAGGAUGAUUCCUAACAAAUCGGUCUUUUGUGAACUUAGUGGACUUUUUGGUUACUUUAAUUUGCAUAUAUUCUCCAAUUACAUCAGACUCUAUCUGUGGCCUUGUUCUUCAUUUCAGUGUUAAUCAGCUAAACAGAAGUCGUUGCUUAUGAUGUGUGAGUGAACAUACGCCACUGCCUGGCCUUUUUUUCUUCAGAGCUUGUUGUCUUUUUCGCUAUAUUAGACUUUGCAGUAUGCCCAGAAGCUUUCCUUCAUAAAAUAGAAAGAAAAAAACAUUUGGCUUAUUUUUCACUGUAGCUAGUCUUUUAUACAAUAAUCUUGUAAGAAAAUUUCUUGAAUUCUAAAUAUUACUCUUUCUAGAUUUUUGAAAUCGAAAAGUUUUCAGUAAAAAGUUUCUUACUUUAUUUUAUUAUAUUAGGUAGUAAAAAUGUAGGGUUAUUUACCAUAACCUGUUCAUUAAUAUCAGAAAUUUACAAUAGCAUUUUAAGACCAUAGUAGGAUUCUAGCAUACCGUGUAGUACCUAUGGAGUAUUGUAAGAGCUAAUUGUCCGAGAUGAAUUGCUUCUCAUCUUGUUCUCCAGUUUCCAUUGUUGGUUUAUUGCAGAUUUGUAUCCUGUGUCAAAUUCAAGGUAUUAUUGAUAAACCUUUUCAACCAGCAGCAAGAAGUUCAAAAUUUUUUCUGUCACUGUAACAGAAAACACAAUAUGUAUAUAACAUUUAUGUAGCAAUAAAUGUGCCAUCUUUUUUUUAACAUAGUAAACUAGUGAGUUUUUUACAUUCCUCUCUCAAAGAAUAAUGCAUUUUGUUCUUUUCUCCAUCUCAUUCCUUCCACACUGCUUUGCUUUUUUCUCCCCAGCUUUGUUGACACAUAAUUGACAUAGCAUUGUGUAAGUUUAAGGUGGACAAUAUAAUGAUUUGAGACCUGCAUAUAUUGCAAAAUGAUUACCACAGUAAAGUUUUAACAUAUCCAUCACCUCACAUAAUUGCUUUUUCUGUGUGUGUGGUGACAAUUUUUCAGGCUGACCGUGCUUUUCAUAAUCUGCAUUAUUUACAACAUUAUCUGGGAGGCCCAUCAGGAUAGAAUCAGGCUUGUGGAGCCAAGUUGGUAAUCUACUUUGUAGUUGCCCUGGCUUGUGUAUUUCUCCCCUUGCCCUCUCUACUGAUUGUGGCCUUUUUAGCCUUUUCCUGGAGGUUGACCAAACUUUGAUUAGUAGUUAAAAUCUCUUCUGCAGAUUGAGAAAAAAGCAAAGAUGGAAAAACAUACAAAUGAGGCUUUUCAAAUUAACAAUUUUUGAAGUACUUUCACAUUUUAUAUCCCUUUUCUCACAAAUGCCUAUGUCAUAAUUAGAAAAUGUUAUUAUUUACUGUUUUCAGAUAAAAAGCUCUGCUUUCAUCUAGGUUUUCCCACACACCCGCAUCCACCCGUCACCACCACAGAUAUAUGUAGAGACUAUCCGUGAGGACUUAGUGCCAAGCAAGAACCUGAGAUGAACCAUGGACAAACAUUUUUGGACAAACUUUCCGUAUGGCCUGUGUGUAAGAUACCUAUGAUUGUGAUCACACUCUCUUGGGAUCCUGGCACAUUGCUUCUCUCGGUUAAUUGUGAAGUCCACUGUUCACCUUGGGAGGCCCAACAGAUCAUUUUACUAAUCGUGGGAUAUGUGAAAGCAAUUAAACAUUGUACUUUGGUUUCUCUUUAUACAAAAUGAUAAACUAAAAAGUUGUAUCUAAGAAGAAAAUAUAGAAUGUUAGAGCUGAAAUGACAUCUAGAGACCAUCUCAUCAAUUGCCUCAUUAAUAGAUUUGUAAAAACUGAGGCCCAGAGGGUUGUAUGUCUCCAAGAGCACGUAAUUAGUAAGAGAUCCAGACAUUUAAAACUUCUACAAAAUCUCCUUGGCUUUAUUUUCUCUUCUUUAUAGAUUUUUAGGCCAAUUUUAUGCAGUGGCUUUGUUUUUGUUUUCCUCUACUGUAUUUUUCUCAGUUGCUUUUCUCUCCUCUGGUUCAUAUGUUUUUUUCUUUGUGGAAACUCAAAAUUUUACAUCGUGUGUACAUGUGUAUGUAGGUGUUUGUGUGCAUAAAGAUGAAAGAGUAUUAGCUUUUGGCAUCAAACAGUCCUCAGUUCAAACCCAAGCUCAUCUAAUUAGCUCCAUUUCCUUAUCUGAAAAGUGGCGACACAUAUUCGAAUUGUGUAAGUAUUGAAUGAAACAAUGUAUGGGAAGCUCUUACCAUGGUUCCUGUCACAUAAUAAGUACUCAAUAAAUGAUAAAUAUUUUUUAAA